CUCUGCUGCCACAUGCGACACAUCUGAGGAACUUGUGGCUCCUGAGUUUCCUCUCGGGCGACAGGUCGAGCGAUGCAGGGUGAGAGGAGGUGGGAGACAGCGGACAGAGAUGUGAGCAGAGAGUAGGAGUUUCGUCAUAGAACAAAACUACUUCACUUAUUGCUCGACAGAGGAAAACAUGGCGAAUACAAGCUCUCCUCAUCUGACCUCCGCUCUCCGGGCAGAGAUCCUGGAAAACCCUCUGCGGACCUAUCUCCUGGGAAUCAUCAUCUCUAUAUGUGGGAACUUCCUCAUCAGCAUUUCACUCAACAUACAGAAAUAUGCCCACGUCCGUCAGUCUCAGCGUGGCUCCAAGCCCUACUACACCUCCGUGAUGUGGUGGUGCGGUGUGGUUCUCAUGGGUGUUGGGGAACUGGGGAACUUUGCUGCCUACGGCUUUGCCCCAGCAUCCCUCAUAGCCCCACUGGGCUGUGUGUCUGUCAUAGCCAGUGCUGUCAUAUCUGUGGUUUUCCUCAAGGAGACGGUGCGACCCUCUGACAUUGUUGGUGGCACCCUGGCAAUAACAGGAACGUAUCUCCUGGUGACCUUUGCUCCCCAUAAUUCAACACACAUCACAGCCCAUCUGGUCCAGUACUAUGCCAUUAGCUGGCACUUCCUGCUUUACCUUUUUAUUGAGGUCAUCAUCUUUUGCAUCCUGCUGUAUCUGUACAAGGGGAGGAACAUGAAACACAUCGUCAUUGUGAUGUUGCUCGUGGCCCUGCUCGCUUCUCUGACAGUCAUCUCGGUCAAAGCUGUGUCAGGGAUGAUCACAGAGUCGAUAAAAGGCCAACUGCAGCUCAUAUACCCCAUCUUCUACGUAAUGCUCGUUGUCAUGGUCGCCUCCUGCGCCUUCCAGAUCAAAUUUCUCAAUCAGGCAAUGAAAAUGUUUGAUGCCACUGAGGUGGUUCCGAUCAACUUUGUGUUUUUCACGGCAAGUGCCAUUGUUGCAGGGAUAGUAUUUUACCAGGAAUUUGAAGGUUUGGCUUUACUCAACAUUUUUAUGUUUCUGUUUGGGUGUCUUCUGUCUUUCCUUGGAGUUUUCCUCAUAGCCCGAAACAGGCCAAAGAUAAAGCAACAAGAUCGAAAUUUCAUCGCAAUGGACAGGAUCCCUGGGAGAAGCCACACAGACAAAGUACAGCCUGAGGCAAAGACUACGACAUACGGAUCCCUGGCAGCCAAACUCAUGUGCAACAGAGCUGGAGAAACAGAUGAUUCAUAGGACCAGCUCCAUCUGUCGGGACUGUCAUUAGAUAGAUUUGUGUAUGCAAGCCUCUUCUUGGGUACUUAAAUAUUAUCUCUAUUUAUAAAAAUUUAAUGACAAAUACCUCCCAAUAAAACAUAUGAAUUACGCUUAGCAACUGACUUAAUUGGUCUUUGUGUGAUCAGUUGUCAAUAAACUGAAGAUUCAAUAGGCUGAAGA